UCGAUCAAAAAAAGAUCACAAGCAAGAAUUAUCCGCAGUGUUUGGUUUAACAAAGAAUCUCAACCAGAAAAACAUUAUCGUGAGUUGAUCAUGCUUUUUACUCCAUGGCGAAAUGAACAGGUCGAUUUAAUGGGAGCUUACUCUUCCUUUGAAGAACAUUACGAAGCUCGUCGUGAUGAAAUCAGUGAACAAAUGCAAGAAUAUGCGGUUUGUAGUGAAGAUUUAAAUGAAAUUCAACAUCACUUACAAGAAUGUGAUGAUGAUGCAUAUGACACAAUAGCACCAGUUACACAAGACACUGAACGUCGGGAUGAGAACGAAGGUAAUACAGAUACACAUCCAGAUUUAAAUGAAACAUAUGAUAUCUCUGAAGACUUGGGUAUCCCAUCAAGGUUACCUAAUAAUGAACCACUCAUUUUAAAUGAAAUGCAAGAUGAUGAAUACCGAGUUUGGUCCAAAUGCUAA